GAGUCGACCGAGUCUUUUCCGUAGCCGUGGUCGUUGUCGCCGCUGCUGUCGCGUUCGAUUUCGUCGCUGAUUCCCAGUCGAGGUUUUUCUUUAUUUUCACACUUCUCGCAAUAGGAAAAGUCAAUUUUUUUUACUUGGUCGAUCGUAGCCGAAAAGUCGCGUUGGAAAGUGAGUAAAGUUGCGAGCAAAGUCGCAAUUUGCACGUCGUCGGCCGUUCACAAACACGUUCAUAGCGCGCGCGCUCUCUCGUUGCCGUCUUGGUCGUCGCAGGAGAAUUCUUUUCACUUGAAAACAAAUCCUUUUUAGUUAAAUGUCAGAACUUCAAUCGUCGUUAUUACUGAAAAAGCAAUUAGCUGAGCUGAACAAAAAUCCAGUCGAAGGAUUUUCAGCUGGAUUAAUUGACGACAAUGACAUCUUUCGCUGGGAAGUACUCAUCAUCGGACCACCGGACACACUCUAUGAGGGCGGUUUCUUCAAAGCACAUUUAUAUUUCCCCAAAGAGUAUCCACUGAGGCCACCUCGCAUGAAAUUCGUAACGGAGAUAUGGCAUCCAAAUAUAGAAAAAAAUGGUGAUGUAUGUAUAAGUAUUCUUCACGAGCCUGGCGAUGAUAAAUGGGGCUACGAAAAAGCGUCAGAGCGCUGGCUGCCCGUUCACACCGUCGAAACUAUUCUAAUAUCAGUAAUAUCAAUGCUAGCAGAUCCAAACGACGAAUCGCCAGCCAACGUAGACGCUGCUAAGGAAUGGCGAGAAGCGUAUCCGGAAUUUAAAAGAAAAGUAGCGCGUUGCGUCCGGAAGAGUCAAGAGGAAUGCUCGUAGGAAUAUAUAUUUUAUAUUAAAAAAUAAAUUCUUUUUUUCAAACAACUGAAACUGCAAAGGUAUGAUCCAUAAAAGAGAAGUAACGAAACAGCAGCAACAACAGUAACACAUAAUGCGAACCAACCAAGUAUAUAUCCAGUUCCACUCUAUCCACACACGAUACGAAGGACAUGGAUGAUAUGAUUCUAUGAUUCUUCGCUUAGAUGAGAAUAAUCGAGAAUUUGAUUGAACAGCAAUUUUACACUUUCAUAAAUAUAUUUAAUCAUAUAGUAACUCGCAAUAAAAGUCGUCGUUGUCGUCGUCAGCAGCAGAACGAAGCGAAAUGCAUCAUCGACACCAAAAAUCAGCCAGAACAGAACACCAGCAACAGCAAAAGAGCAGACGCCAGUGUGGGGAGCAACGCAGAAAACCGCAGCGGCUGAUUGCAUAAGAAAGUAAAAAUUCAAAUAAAUUACAAAACAAAGAAAAAAGAAAACAAUUAAAAAAGUUUUAGAAACAAAUUUUAUAUAAAAUACACAUUAAAAUGAAAAAGUAAACUAAA